AUGACAGACCAAGACCAAUCCUAUCGUCCACGAUCCCCUGAUUUUUCCACCUUCCAGUCAGUUCCCCUCUCACCUACCUUCCACAACCACAACCUCAACCACAACACGCACUAUCAACUUCCUCACCACUCCCCCGUUUACCAAUUUGGGAAUCCUUUCGUCCAUCGCGCUUCCUACGACGCCUCACCUUUCUUCACCCCGCAAUAUCAACCACCACCUCUACCACAACAACCAUCGCUUCCUCACCACCCGGUCCCGCAGACCAGGGUUCCCCAGCAAUCUUCCUCAUACUUCCCUCCCGAUCCGGACAUGGCUCGUCGCUCGUCGCGUAUCGCCCAAGCGGCCGAGGUCGCGCCUCACCCGCCCGUCUCCAAGUACGUCGACCCUGUCGAAGAAGAAGAGGAAUAUGAAGAGCCUCCGAAGCCCGCUCCUGUGCCCGUCAAUGUGGAAGUGAAGACCAAGUUUCCUGUAGCGCGCAUAAAGCGCAUUAUGCAAGCCGAUGAAGAUGUCGGUAAAGUCGCUCAAGUCACUCCCAUCGCAGUGUCCAAAGCACUCGAACUCUUCAUGAUCUCCCUCGUCACCAAAGCCGCCCGCGAAGCCAAAGACCGCAACUCGAAACGCGUCACAGCCUCGCAUCUCAAACAAGCCGUCGUGAAAGACGAAGUGCUCGACUUCCUCGCUGACAUCAUCGCCAAGGUUCCUGAUCAACCGGCCAGUCGCAAACACGACGACGAUAACAGUGAUCAGAAUGAACAACAACCGAAACGAAAGCGCGGUGGACGUCGUCCGAAAGAAGAAAGUGAUUAA